UAAUCCGAGAAUGCAGCAUCAGCCCUUCCCACCAAGCACUUCCUUCCUUUUCCCGAACGUCCAGAGAGGGAGGGCUGCGCAUUUAUAAACUGGAGCCGCAGCGGAGUGACAUGUCAGAGGCUGACUCGCCGGGACUAGGAGCCUAGGCUGGAAACGUCUAGGCUGCGAUAGAGGCUAGCUGCUGUCGCCCAAAGCGUCCGAAAGCCCCCUGCUGGCGCUGGGAGCCCACACCGUCUCAGGGCUAGAGUUUUCCCGGGAGCCUACACGCGAACCCCUGGAGAGCAUGCUUGGGGUUCUCCUUCUGGGUGUGCUGGCUCCAGCUGGCCUGGGGAUCUCCGCACUAGCCCAGUUGCUGUCCAGGGGCAGUCAGUGCGUGGAACACGAGUGCUUCGCGCUUUUCCAGCGCCGCUCGAACUUCCUCGAUGCCAGCCGUGCCUGUGAGAGCCUGCAAGGACAUCUAAUGACAGUACGCUCCUCAGUGGCUGCCGAUGUCAUCUCGCUUUUGGUGAGCGACGACAGUGGUAUGAACUCACGCCCCUGGAUCGGAUUAAAGCUUCCACAGGGUUGCGGCGACCCGGGCCAUCCCCUGCGCGGCUUCCAAUGGGUUACAGGAGACAACCAAACCAGUUACAGCAGGUGGGCGCGGCCCAGUGACCAGGCAGCUCCACUCUGUGGCCCGCUAUGCGUCAGGAUCUCAACCGCAACAGAUGCUGCACCCGGAGAGCCGGCCUGGGAGGAGCAGCAGUGCGAAACCGAGGCCGACGGCUUCCUCUGCGAGUUCCACUUUACAACGUCCUGCAGGCCUCUGGCGGUGGAUCCCCGAGAUCUCGAGGCUGCCCACAUUUCUAGCACCUACAAGACCCCGUUCGGGGUCAGUGGUGCGGACUUUCAGACUCUGCCGGUAGGCAGCUCCGUUGAGGUGAAGCCCCUCGGCUUGGAGCUGGUGUGUAAGGCCCAGCCUGGAACUUCGGAGGGACACUGGUCUCUGGAAGAGACAGGAGCCUGGAACUGCAACGUGGAGAAUGGUGGCUGCGAGUACUUGUGCAACCAGAGCACGGGAGAGCCCAGAUGCCACUGCCCCAUGGACACCAACCUGCAGGCUGAUGGUCGUUCAUGCAUAAAACCCGUGGCGAAACCGUGCAAUGAGGUCUGUGAGCAUUUUUGCGUCAACCACAACCCCAGCAAACCAGACGAGUUCACCUGUAUGUGCGAAACGGGCUACAAGUUGGCGGCCGACCAGCACACGUGCGAGGAUGUAGAUGACUGUGCGCAGGAGCCCAAUCCAUGCCCGCAGAUCUGUGUCAACACCAAGGGCGGCUUUGAAUGUCACUGCUUUGAUGGAUAUGAGUUGAUAGAUGGAGAGUGCGCGGAGCCUUUGGAUCCGUGCUAUGGAUCUGACUGCGAAUAUCAGUGCCAGCCAGUGAAUGCCACCGAGUACCGUUGUAUCUGUGCGGAGGGCUUCGCACCCAAAGCCGAGGAUCCGCACAGGUGUGAAAUGUUCUGCAAUGCUAGUUCCUGUCCGGCAGACUGUGACCCUAACGCCCCUGACUUUUGCCUUUGCCCUGAAGGUUUCAUCCUGGACGAAGGCUACAUAUGCGUGGACAUUGACGAGUGCAGUCAAGGCGAAUGCCUCCACAACGAGUGUCGAAAUCUUCCCGGCUCCUAUGAGUGCAUCUGUGGGCCCAACACGGCCCUUGCUGGUCAGAUUAGCAAGGACUGUGACCCCCGCACGCCUGUUAAUGAAUUGGAGGAGGGCGGCUCUGGGGAAUCCCCGGUCAGUCCGACACCAGGUUCUCCAACAGGUCCGCCGUCCACAAAGCCAGUGCAUUCUGGCGUGCUCAUUGGCAUCUCAAUCGCCAGCUUAUCCCUGGUGGUGGCGCUUUUGGCGCUUCUCUGUCACCUGCGCAAGAAGCAGGGAGCUGCGCGAGCAGAGCUGGAGUACAAGUGCGCAUCACCAGCCAAGGAGGUAGUACUGCAGCAUGUGAGAACUGAUCGGACGCUGCAGAAGUUCUGAGGGACUUCGCCCCAGAGACCCAGGUUGCCUUAUUCUUUCUUGGUUCAGUACCUCUUCUCUCUCAGGCCUCUUAGCUGUGCUCUCUGGCAACUUAAAAGCAUCCUGGCUGACAUGAUAACCUGAGAAGACUCUGCCCCAUUCUCAUGAGAAGCAGGGGUGGCGAGCAUUUGAAGCGGGAGAGCCCAGCUUCUUCCAAGUUGAUACUGAACAACUGGGCAGAGGUGGAAAAUACACAGUGACAUCAGACUGCAGAGAGCUCCAGCCCUCACCUUAGGGUGCAGGAUGUGUAGGGGCUGCUAAUCUUAAGCCUUUAGGCAAACCUUGACCCCACCGGCUGGAGAUGACCCAGAUAUUUAUUUUUUUUAAGCAUUUUCUUCCCUUCAGCUUUUCCCUGCCUGGAACUCUCCAGUCUUUCUGAUCCUCCAUCCCUUCCCCUCCCCUUCACACUUUCCCCUUUUCCCUUUUCUCCUCCCCCAAACCAGAUCUUACUUUGUUUUUAUCCUUCUUUACAGACAAAAUUCUUAUGUGAAACAGAAAAGAAACACUAAAAGCAGGAAGUUUUUCCCCCACUGGCUUUGGAAAUUUAAUCGGAAAAUUUAGGUUUCCAGAGCAAAAUAAUUUUAAUGAAAGUUAAAAUGCUAUAGCUAAACAUUAGUUAGUAUGCUCAAAUGUCACAGAAAGCAAACUCAAGGAGGUAUUUUUCUUUUAAAUUUCAUCUUUGUUGUUGAAACAGUGAGCUUGUUUUUUUUUAUUGUUGCUGUUGUUUUGAUUUAGAAUGACAAAAGGUAAUUAUCGUUUAAGUUUUUUUACACAGUUUCUAUAGUGUUACUAAUUUUUGACAGUGUUGAAAAUGUUCAGAGGAGUUUUGGUCCAACGUUUUGAUGAUGCAAUAGGUCACUGCCACCUUCACAUGUACUGGACCACAUUCAUAGCUGUCCUGGGAUGUAUGUGAUCCUUAGGCUAGAUAUAUCUGAGAUUGACAGACGGAAGCAUCUUCCAGCAAAGUUUUGAGUUAUAUGCUUUGUGCCUACUUGUCUCUUAACUGCUCUUGCCACUUAAGGUCCCAGAUAAAAGCAGUGGUUGCUUAGGGAGACAAGAGAGCUUAGGUAUGCAGCCUAAAGGGUGCCUAGAUAGGGCCUGUUUAAUGAGGCCCUUGGACGAUAUCUUCUACUAAAAAGGGACCUUCUAUCCCUGGCCACUAGCCUGUGCACAAGGAUUGGGACCUCCCUAGGGAUCUGGCUAGAACUGCAAAAUCCUAAGCACCCCACCCCACCCCCCUUUACAAGAAGCUGCAUUUUAACAACGGUUUCCAACUUUCUGGAGAACAUUAAAUGUCAGUUAAUAAUAAGUAGCAGGUCAUGCUAGGCCAUUUAUUAUCAAGAAACUGAGGAAUUUUUCACUGCAUAGCUUUGCUUUCUGGCUUAAAAAAAAUGACUAGGUACACACCUCUAGAUAUUGCCACACAGGGUCCACAAGGGUUUUGAUUUAACUAAGCUAGGAACAAAGGCAUAUGUCAGUGUAAGGAACAAAUGUAUCAUAUGUGUAUCUUUUGUAAGGAAAGGUUUUUCUUUACUGUCUUGUAAGCUCAGCACAUUUGUACAUAGUUAUUUAUUUAUUGGAGUUUAGCUAGAACACAGGCAAAGCCUUUGCUCAUGUCACAUGUACAAAAUAAACAGAUU